AUGGCCCGUGUGCUGUGUGUUCUGAUCGUGGGGCUGAGUGUUUGUGUGCUGGGACAGGUGUCAGCAAAGACCUUGAGUAGAAGGUCCGUUCUGAGAGCCGUCAGUGAUGCCAAAAAAAUCAUUGAUGAUGCCUACACAUACUCUCGGGCAGAGACUCUGAGGCGUGUGAGGAAGAGGAAAGACCUUAACCCAUCUGACCUCUUGCGUUUGAUGAAGCAGCCGGCUCGAGAGACGCGCUCGGCAGUGAGAGCAGCAGACUACCUGGAGUACACGCUCCAGCUCCUGCAGGACAGACACCACAUCUACAAGCACUCCCUCAAUGCUACAGAUAUGAUCAGGGCAAAGGAUCUGGAGACCAUAGCUGAUCUGACUGGAUGUGCUGCCCGUGUGCGUCAACCGAAUUGUGAGACCACACCCCACCUAAACCAGUACCGCACAACUACCAGCGUCUGCAAUAACAGGAAGUUUCCCCGCCGUGGCUCCUCCAACACUCCUUUUCUGCGCUUGCUUCCCGCUGAGUAUCAAGAUGGCGUCAACCUACCACAGGGCUGGGACCCCAUGCUGCAGCGCAAUGGAGCCCUGCUGCCACUGGUGAGGCUCGUUUCCAACCGUAUCUUAAGCACAGCUAACGAGGAUGUAGUGAGCGACUCUCUCUACACACAUCUGAUCACCAUCUUCGGUCAGUGGACGGACCAUGACCUCACCUUUACGCCUCACUCCCCGAGCAUAAGCUCCUUCGACAGCGGCAUCAACUGUGACGCGAGCUGUGAGCAUACAGAGCCGUGCUUCCCCAUCAAUAUUCCUCCCAGGGACAUGAGCUUCGGCUGGAAUUCGGACGAGUGCAUCCCAUUCUUCCGUUCGUCUCCGGCUUGCGGGACUGGCAACACCGGCCAUAUUUUCGGAGCUGCCAAGGUGCGGGAGCAACUAAAUGCCCUGACGGCCUUCCUGGAUGUGGGGCAGGUGUACGGUGCAGAUGAGGGGCUGGCACGUGACCUGCGUGAUCUUACCACUGACAGCGGCCUGCUGCGUGUGAAUGACAGAUUCAGUGACAAUGGACGUGAGCUGCUGCCCUUCUCUCGUAUGAAGGACAUGUGUGCCAACCGUGGGAGAAUCACCAACGAUGCUAAGGCUGAAGACGUGCCCUGCUCCAUAGCUGGGGAUUCACGUGUGGAUGAGAACAUUGGGCUGUCCUCCAUGCACACUAUGAUGAUGCGUGAACACAACCGUCUGGCACGCGCUCUGGCCAAACUUAACCCCAAAUGGAGUGGAGAGAUCCUCUACCAGGAGGCUCGCAAGAUCAUGGGUGGCUACCUCCAGGUGAUCACGUUCCGUGACUACCUGCUCCACAUCGUUGGGCCAGAUAUCUUUAAUGGACCUGAGAUUGGCCCUUUUCCUGGUUAUGAUGAGAAUGUGGACCCGUCCAUCUCAAAUGUGUUCGCCACUGCAGCCUUCCGCUUCGGCCAUCUGGCUAUACAGCCCUACAUGUUCCGCCUGGAUGAGAACUAUCUGGAUCAUCAAAAGUGGCCCAGUGUGCUGUUGCACAAGAACUUUUUUGUGCCCUGGAGGCUGGUCUUCGAGGGUGGCAUUGACCCCGUGAUCAGAGGUCUGGUGGGCCGUCAGGCAAAGCUCAACACUCAAGACCACAUGAUGCACGAUGAGCUACGUGAGCGCCUCUUUGAGUUCCUGGAUCAUGUGGCAUUGGACCUGGCUGCUCUUAACAUGCAAAGGGGACGCGACCAUGGCCUUCCUGGCUACAACAGCUGGCGUGGGUUCUGUGGGCUGUCCAAGCCUCAAACGGAGGAGGAGCUGUCUGUGGUCAUGAACAACAGAGAGCUGGCCCACGAGCUAAUGGAGCUCUACGGCACCGUGGACAACAUCGACGUUUGGCUGGGUGGCGUGGCCGAACCCUUUGUGAACGGAGGACGUGUGGGACCGCUGUUCGCCUGCAUCAUUGCCAGGCAGUUCCAAAGGAUCCGCCAGGGUGACAGGCUGUGGUGGGAGAAUGAUGAUGUGUUCACCGAAGCCCAGCGUGAGUCUUUGCGAGCGACGUCUCUGUCUCGCAUCAUUUGUGACAACACCGGGAUUACUGAGGUGCCUGAGAACCCCUUCAAGUUCCGUCCCCGUGGGUCUGGAUACACACGCUGUGAGGACAUCCCAGCCUUCGACCUGAGCCCCUGGAGAGCCAAAGGGGUUCCAGGGACUGGAGAGAAAUGCCCACCCGGAUGGCAAGGACCCCCUGGCUCUGCCUCUCACAGGGCCUUCGCCGUGCGCCUGGGCGACAACUUCCGACGCGGAUGGCUACGCAGAUGGCUACGGCGACGCACGCCGAUCGCCUUCAAGAAGGUCAUCUACAAUGACCAGGACCUGUACAACACUAAGACAGGCGUGUUCACGUGCGCACAGCCGGGCGUCUACCAGUUUGACUUCCACUGCAAGCUCCACAAGAAAAAAAGGGGCAAGGUGGACCUGCGCCACAACAAAAAGCUGGCGCUCCGCUCCUUCACCAGGAAGCAGAAAGGCUACAUGACGGCCACCGGGGGCACCAUUCUGCAGCUGCGGACCGGUGACACCGUCUACCUCAGCACCAACAGCAAACACAUGACCGCUGACAGCUUUUUCUCUGGUCACAUCCUCAAUUCUGUCUAACAGGCAGAAGACAAGGACUCAGGCGUCCACUCGAGCUUCACAUCCCCGUAUGCUCUCACUGUCUGUCCUCCUCUCUCACAAGUUCUCCUAUUGCCCUCUUUCUGUCUCAGAUCUUCUCUCACUCCUCUCCUCUAUUUCAUUCUCUCCCUCCGUCAGGUUAGUGAAAAAAAGAUGAGCACCUCAGAUAUGUUUAUUAGAUAUUACAUGUUUUUAAAUUUAGAGUCAAUUUAGUAUCACUCCUUGUUAGUAAAAACAAUGUGUCAAUGUCCUGGGGGAAAUACUUUUUGGGGGUAUAAAUAUGUGAAUAAACUUGUUUGCCCUGCCUUAACAGAGCAUACAUACACACAACA